AUGUCAGAAAAUGCUGUGAGGAGGAAGCUCGUAAUAAUAGGCGAUGGCGCAUGCGGGAAAACCUCGCUUCUAUAUGUUUUUACAUUGGGAAAGUUUCCCAAAGAGUAUCAUCCAACGGUUUUCGAAAACUACGUGACGGAUUGUCGAGUUGACGGGAUCAAGGUGACACUAGCUUUAUGGGACACAGCUGGGCAGGAAGAAUACGAGCGUUUGCGGCCUUUUUCUUAUUCCAAAGCCAACAUAAUUGUCAUAGGAUUCGCAGUUGACGACCCUGAUUCGCUUCUGAAUGCUCGAACGAAAUGGACAGAAGAGGCUCUACGUUACUGCCCAGACUCGCCAAUUAUUCUGGUGGGUCUCAAAAGCGAUCUACGCCGAAAGGGAGAUUCUCCAAACUACGUGCGGCGCGAAGAGGCCGAAAAAGUGGCUCAGGCGAUAGGCGCAAAACGUUACAUGGAAUGCAGUGCCCUUGAUGGGAGCGGAGUAGACGAUGUCUUCGAGGUUGCUACCAGAACGAGCUUGCUGGUGAAUAAAGAGCCCGGGCGAGGGUGCUGUGUAAUAAUUUGA